CUCUGUCAUUCUGCACGGCGGCAGUGAGUAAGCUAUAAGCGAAUAUCUAAUUUACUUUCAACUCGCUGCUGUUUUCUGUUGGCAGUUGUCUGCUUGUCGACUGUUAAAAAAUAAGUUUCUUUUUGUUACAUGAAAUAAUUCUGUUGAGGUUUACAAGAACUAACAACAAUGUCAAAGUUUGCCCGUCGGGUUGAUCAGCUGGAUGCAAUUUGUCUCGAUGAAGAACUAUCUAAUUUAUUAAAUACUCAUUACCGUCAGGCUUUUAAAUAUUUACCGAAUUCUUUCACAACUCGAUUAGGUCCUGAAUUUGAUAUACUUUUCAGAUUUUGUUUCAAAUACCUUCCACUAAGAUAUCUCGGAGGUACAUUUGGCCAAAAUCUUUUUCAACUUCAAUAUCGUAACACUAACAACAAUAAUCCAGCUACAAAUAACGAACUUCGAAUAUUGGCAUUUUUUAGUAUUUGUGUUCCAUGGCUUUGGGAAAGAUUAGUACGAAAAUCGCUACUUUCUUUGCCAAACACAGAAUUUGGCAUGUCAAUCGUAGAUGCUUCUUAUAAUUUUGAAAAUAACUUUAACAUCGUUUAUAAAAUGUUAACUCUUUUAAACUUCAGUAUAUUCCUUCAAAAAUCUUAUUAUCCUUCUGUAUUAGAGCGAUUGCUGCGCUUACGUCCUCUUUAUACUGCUCCUCAAGAUAUUCGCCGUGUCAUGGACGAUAAUGUGCAUCGAGAGAUGUUAUGGUAUGGUUUGGCAGAGUUUCUCGGAUUCAUUAUGCCUUUAAUUAACAUUCACAAAAUAAAAGGUCAUUUUAAACGUACGUUUUUGUCAAGAUCUUCGAAUCAUGUAUACAGAAGACUUCAUAUGCAGCUAAAUGAAUGUAUGAUAUGUGGAGAUAUUCCAAAUUUUCCACAUACCAUAGGUUGCUCCCAUGUUUUUUGUUACUACUGUAUUGCUAGUAUUGUAAUGGCAGAUCCUUCAUACUUAUGUUUUGAUUGUGAUGUAAAAGCUAAUGGUUUGGAUAGUAUUACUCCACUAUCUGCUAAUGAAUCAUUUAAAUAAAUUUCUAGCAAGAACUGUU